CCUGCUUGUUCCAAAAAAAACCUGCCAGUAUGGAAGGUCAUGAGAUUGUUUCCAGUGAGGAGGAAGAGAAAAAGUCUCUUCUACCUUCUCUGGAAGAGGAAGGAAAAGAAGACAAAGCUGGUCAGCUCUCUACUGUGGAAGAACACCAGGAAGAAUACAAGCUUGAAGAAGAGUUGGCUGGUGCUGGCAAGAUGGGAAACCAGGACCUAUCUGAAGGAGAUGAAAACAGAUCUGAUUCUAGCAUGGAAAGCUUGGACCCCUCUUUGGGCAACGAUAACAUUCAGGCUAUGAAGUGUACAGAUAGAAUUUGCAUUUUGACCUUACAGAGGAACCUAAAAGAGCUGAAUGACCUAGCUAAAGAAAAGGAACGUGUGGUCCAAAGAACCAGAGACAAGCUGAGUACCUGUCAGCUGCGGAUCGAGCUGCUGGCAAAGCAGCUGGCUGAUGUAGACAUGGAAAUAGAGAAAGAGGAGGAGGCUGCCAACGUGGCAGCCUUGUCGUGCCUUCAGGCAAGGCACAGGCGACUGUGCACUGAACUGGAGCAGGAGAAGGACUUGGAGCUGAAAAUUGAUUUGACACUGAAAGAAAACAUGCUUGAGCUGUGGAAGAUAGAAACUGAGAAGGGAAAAUAUGAAAACCUCCAUGAACAACUUAGAAAAGCUGAGGAGGAGCUGGAGUUGCAGUACCAAGAACGAGCAAAGUAUGAAGAAAGACAUAAAAAAAUACUUGAAGAUGCCAAAAGGAACCAUGAAAAAGCAGCCUGCUUCCUGAGAAAAAGCCUAGCAAGAAUUAAUGAAAAAAAUGCAAAGGAAGAAGUGAAAACUGAGGAGCGUAUGGAGAGGAUCCGAGCUGUGCUGUCCCUGAAAAGCAGCCUGACUUCCAGCAGGGAAAAACUCCAAGCUGCCCAGGUUCGGAAGAAAGCAAUGGCCUUUGAGGCAAAGAAGCAGGAGAUGAAAAUGAGGGAAGCCAUCCUAGCAGAAGGAGGCAAUGUUACCAAGGAAAUUUUUCUCCAUAAACGACUGCUAGAGCUUGAAAAAGAGAAAGAAGCUUCUAGAAAACAGCAAAAAUCCAGAAAAAUUGAGAUUGUAUCUCGAAUUUUGCAAGAAAAGGCUUCUAUUCACAAGCAGAGAAGAAGUCAGUCCUGUUCUAAGGCAGUUAAGGGUGGUGGUAAACCUGAGGAUUCCUUACUGUGGAGAAGGAAAGCGUGGCGGUAUAUUGAGGAGACCUGCAAACAUUCAGCUGGAGCAGUAUCACAGGUUCCUUUGCAGAAGUUGUGGCGUGCUCCAUCAGCUUGUUCCUCAGCUGGUGAGAGAACUGUUUCUGUAGGAGAGGUCACUGAAAAAAUGCCCCAUGAUGGGCUCUGGGAGAGUGAAGAUGAGAAAGAGAAGGAUGAGACUCUGGCAGAACCAGAGUUCCCAGGGCUCUGGAGUCAGGAACGUGACUUGCUUAAGAUAUCCAAAGAAGAAAUGGAUCCAAAGCAGAUGGCUACAAGGAUAGUGAAAAAAGACAGUUUUGAGAAAAAAAUGAAGGCAUUCCAAACUCGAAUGUUUCACCAGCAAGUAGUGCCUGCUGAUGAGUAUAAGAGAUCUGCUUUCUUCAGUAAGCCAAGCUGCAUUCAUUUCAAGGAUUUUGAUGUUGGUCAAAUCUACAAAAAGAAGAUAGUUUUGAUAAAUGCAUCCUAUGGCAUAAAUUACUGCAGACUAGUGGGAAUCAGUGAAUGGCUCAAGGACUUCAUCAGUAUUCAUUUUGACCCACCUGGCAAAAUUUAUGCUGGAAUGUCCUGUGAAUUUGUGGUAACAUUUAAGCCAAUGAUAAAUGAAACUCUGGAAGGAGAAGUCAUGUUUAUGGCACAGACAGGUUCUUUCUCUGUUCCAUUGAAAUGUACAGCCAAGAGGUGCAUUCUGGCACUAGAUAAAGAGCUCAUUGACUUUGGCAGCCAUGUGGUGGGAGAGACAAUUUCACGGACCAUCAACCUGACAAACAGUGGAGCUCUGGGAACAAGAUUCAAAGUUCAGACGUCAGCAGGUGACAGUAGGACAUGCAGAGCAACAGCAAAAUCUUCUCCUGGAAGGAUGGUUACUGGAGAUGUCCCUGGGAAGGAAGCCAGCAGUAGUGCUGUGGCAGCCGUGGUUGAGAAGGAGAUCUGGCCUGCCCCUGAGGAAGAAGUGACCCACUGCCUGGGGCAGGUGGAGCAGCAGAGGCCUGAGACUAGCCCGAGCAGCAGUGCCAGAGAACAACUUGGUCAAGAUGUACUAAGUGCCAGAUCAGAUCCAGAGACAGACAAUGCCCUUAAUUUAGUGGGACUUCCUCCUGAAGAAACACCAGUGGAAAUUAUGCUUGGAAAGGUGACUGAAGGUGAAAUUGGGCCCUUCAGCUCAGUCAAACUGCAGGUUCUGUUUGUCCCCACUGUCCCUGGGGAUGUGCGGGCAGAGUUUGUGAUCGUCUUUGACAACUCAGACUGCAAACCACUGUGCUUCAGUGCCAUUGGAGCUGCUCUGGACGUGCCCAUUUGGGUGCCCAGGCCCAGCCUGGACCUGAGGAUCUGUGUGUACGAGCGGCUGUACCAGGAGCGCGUGGUCGUCCAGAGCAGAGCAAAAGCCCCACUGCGUUUGAAGUUUGAAGUAUGCAAAGAAUUGAGGAAGCACAUGGAGCUGCUUCCCAGAACAGGCUGCAUUCAAGCUCAGUCAUCCUUCAGUGUGCAGCUGAGGUUUCUGCCCAGGCAAUCUCUUCCUGAAGAUGCAGGGAGCUACUUUAAUGAAGAGACGAGAGUUCUGGAAGUUCCAGUGACAAUACUGAUUGUGGAUAAGGCUAAAAAAGUUAAUUUUACUGUGCAUGCAAUUGUUACCACUUCUGAUCUGGAGAUCAGCCCAGCACACAUUGACUUUGGAUACUGCACCAUCUAUGAAGCUGUGCAGGCCAAUGUCAUGCUAACAAACAAAUCCAUCUUGCCACAGGAGUUUGGAUUUGUGGGACUUCCAGAGUUUGUUGAAAUUCAGCCCAAUGAUGGACUUGGAAUUCUCCUUCCCCUUGAAAGCCUGACAUUGGACAUAACCUUUAAAGCUACCAAGGCAAAAGAGUACAGCUUUGAACUAACCUGCAAAUCAGAGAUUAAUAGACAAUUCAAGCUGUCAUGCAGAGCAGUUGGAGUCCACCCACCUCUUGAAUUGUCUCAUUCCUUAGUUCAGUUUGCUGCAACAGCUUUAAAUGAUGUGUCUACAGCAAGACUGUAUGUGAUGAAUCCCCAUGUGAGUGUCAGCCACCUUACUCAUGCUGCCCCGAGAAUUGGCAGUGGGGAAGUUGCCCCUGUUGGGCCCACUUCGUUUGAAUUCCACGUGCCAGCAGACUGCCCAGUGACAAUUACACCUUCUGUUGGAACUGUGUUGCCUGGGAAGAAAAGCUUGAUUCAAGUGUCCUUCAGACCAACUCUGUCAGAUCAGCUAAUCAGAGAAGAGGCAGUUCGGAGGCUUUCUGGAGCAGCUGCAACAGGGCCAGAAAUACAAAAACUGAAGGAAGAUGAAAAGAGAAAGGGGAAGAGAUCAAGCAUUUCCAUUCCCAGACAGCAGUCUUCCAGGCAGCUUGUGAGGGAUGGAGGCAGGAAACCCUCAACCUCCUGGAGUAGUUCUGAGCCACCAACGUUCAAAGAGCUAACCCCUGACUCUGAUGCUUACCUGGCAGCCCAGGCUUCCCUGAUGAGGGAUUUCAGUGGGAGGUUUGAAAGGUUCAUCAUACCAUGCUUUGUUGCAAGCGGGCACAUCGAUGAAAAGAGAGGCUCUGAAACCCUAAGCUGCAG